GUUAAAAAGAUACUCGGUCGUGGACCAUUGCGUCAUCUGAUAUCGACAGCUAGCCUGUACCCAAGUCAGCCUUUGACAAUAUCACAUUAUCUUAACCUGUUCAUCGUCACGAAGGGCCCGUCCCCUCACUUCGCUAAACAUAUCAUAUGCCGACGUUAGGAUCGUUAGGAUUUCUUAAGAAGAAGCGGACGAAAGAGGAGAAGCCAGAGCCUGCUUCCAGCCAGCCUACGAGUCCUGUUACACCAAUCACCCCGACAUCCUCGAGGACGUUCGGGUCGAGCUCCCUGACCAACGUCCCAACACAUAGUACAACCGCGACAAGCAUAGCUUCCCAAUCGCAACCGACGACGCAAAAUACUCAAGAAGCACCAGCUCCUGCUGGUGGGGGGUCACAAAUGAAUCCACCAGCAGCCCAAGCCGUUCCUUACGGGAUCCAGUCUUCUCCGAGCCCCGCGCACACAGCAACACCACAAAAUCUACCGAGUAUCAACAACCUAAUCAACCUACCGCAAAAUGACGGUCACCCCGGAGCGCCCCCAGCACAACAUCCACAACAUCCACAACACCAACAACACCAAUCACAACCUUCCGAGGCUAGGGUAACGAAGGGAAAGUACUCGCUUACCGACUUCGAUCUCCUCCGGACGCUUGGCACGGGAAGUUUUGGGCGUGUUCAUUUGGUCCAGUCGAAACACAAUCAACGAUUUUACGCCAUCAAGGUCUUAAAGAAGGCACAAGUUGUCAAGAUGAAGCAGGUAGAACAUACCAAUGAUGAACGGCGGAUGCUCGCCGAGGUGAAACAUCCAUUCCUCAUCACUCUAUGGGGAACCUUUCAAGACCCGAAGAAUCUAUACAUGGUUAUGGAUUUUGUUGAAGGUGGCGAGUUGUUCUCUUUGCUAAGGAAGUCGGGCCGAUUUCCAAACCCGGUGGCUAAAUUUUAUGCCGCAGAAGUCACUCUCGCACUUGAAUACCUACACUCAAGAAAUAUCAUUUAUAGGGAUUUAAAGCCCGAAAAUUUACUCCUGGACCGCCACGGGCACCUCAAAAUAACAGAUUUUGGCUUUGCCAAAAGGGUUCCGGAUAAGACAUGGACCUUGUGUGGGACUCCAGACUACUUAGCACCAGAAGUGGUUUCUAACAAGGGUUAUAACAAAUCGGUCGACUGGUGGUCUCUGGGCAUCUUAAUCUACGAGAUGCUUUGCGGCUACACACCAUUUUGGGAUAGCGGUUCGCCGAUGAAAAUCUACGAAAAUAUCCUAAGGGGCAAAGUCAAGUAUCCGGCGUAUGUCCAUCCUGACGCUCAGAACUUACUAGAGCUUCUUAUCACGCCAGAUCUGACAAAGCGACUGGGUAACCUCUACGGAGGAUCACAAGAUGUGAAAACCCAUCCGUGGUUCGCAGAGGUCACGUGGGAUAGGCUAUCAAGAAAAGAUAUUGAUGCUCCAUACACACCCCCGGUUAAGGCCGGUGCUGGUGACGCAAGCCAAUUCGAUAGGUACCCCGAAGAAACAGAGCAGUAUGGCCAGCCGGGGAAUGACGAGUAAGUCAAACGAAUCGAAUCGUGACAAUAUAUAUAUAUAUAUACGUGCUAACAUCUGUAGGUAUGGGUACAUGUUCCCUGAUUUCUGAUAAGCUGGUGGACUUGUUCUAUAAGUGAGUACUAUUGGGCGAGGCGCAUUGCAGGUUCUUAGAUCAGGGCCUAUCAGCUAGGCUAGACUUGGGCAAAGGUUCAAUUUGUUGCUUUGUCUUUUGUGGACACCUUGAAAAGACGUGAUAAUAGUGGCUCUUAUGGCGUAAAAUCGUGUCGAACGCG